AUGGCCCUCUCACCAGACCUACUUUGCAAUCUUGUUGUGCUGCUUCAGAGCUCCAUCGCCCUCAUUCUCCUGGUCCGGACACCCAAGGGCUCCAUUCUACGUUGGAUAUGCCUUCCUUCGCUAGUGUACAUGGCCUACUUAGAAGGCGUCCUCGUGAGAAUAUCCAACCACAAUGUCUUUGCCAAAGUCACGGUUAGCGGCAUGCCGUUCACCACGAUCAUUCAAUUGAUCAACCUUCUGCUGGUCACCAGCAUCGACUUGACGGAGCACCCUGGUUCAACCAAGGAUAAACUGGUGUUUGCGUUUAGCAUACUCCAGUCCCUUCGUGGUAUCGGCACCAAAUGGCAAGCGAGGAAUGUUCCCCAACAGCCGUUGGUGCUCCGACGAAAUCCACCCAGUCGAGCCCAGUAUAUACAAAGGCAAAUAGCGAUUAUCAUAUGGGAGGCCCUCUCCCUGAUUUGGGUGUUAAUGUUAUUUGUGCCGCACGUUAAGCCGGACCAUGAUGGGAUCUACCUGUACGGACCAGGACGCGAAUUUUCAUACGCAGACUCCAGCGUCGAGCAGUUGCUCGCACGGGCCAAAGUCGCUUUUGUUCUCGGGUUUCCAGGAUCGAUGCUCUUCCUGGACUCCUCAUAUCGAAUGGGAUCCAUUCUCGCCAUUGGGACAGGCAUAUCGAAAGUGGAAUCGUGGCCCCCAGUGUUUGGGAGCCUUCGAGAGUCAUACACCGUUCGUGGAUUUUGGGGCAAAUUCUGGCAUCAGUAUCUCCGGUGGCCUUACACUAGCAUCUCAACAGCAAUCACCUGUCGCAUCCUCCGCCUUCCCAAGCCCUCCCUAUUAGAACGGUAUCUAAACUUGACUAUAGUCUUUGCGCUCUCUGCAACAAUGCAUGUGGUCACCAACGUUGUCAGCGGGAUCGAAGGCGGAAACACCGGCACUAUGAUCUUCUUCCUCUCACAGGCCGGUGCCAUUGCCUUCGAGGACACGAUACAGCAUUGCUGGGCUGUCUUACAGCGGGAGAAAGCCAAUGCGGCGGAAACACCACUAUGGCAGCGAUGUGUUGGUUUCAUAUGGGUGUUUUGCUGGCUGGCUGCAACGUACCCCUGGUGGUGGUAUCCUAUUAUCCGGUCUUUGGGAGCAUAUGACUGGUCUGAGAUGUUGGAUGUCAUUCAUGGACUGGGAUUGACCAAGUCCAAUCUUUCCCCCAUGGUGGUGGGGGGUGGGAUUUUUUUGCGAAUUGCCUUUGGAGCCGAGAUCUAA